CGCCCCGCCGCCCGGCAGGUGCCGGCACCGAGCCGCCGGAGCCGGGAGCCGGGAGCCGGGAGCGGUUUGGGUGGGUAAGACAGCUUCUGAAGCACGCCGCUGAGAAUUUGUCUUCUCCGUCGAGACCUCUGAGCUCCUUGCAGCAAGGAAGAGGCCAGGGCAGCCCCGAGCCAUGUCCAACGACCCUCCGCCACCCUACCCAGGUGGCCCCUCAGCACCGCUGAUAGAGGAGAAGCACGGCCCACCCCCUGCCACAGAUGGCGUCUCCCCAGCCGUGGGACAGCCCCAGGGGGUUCCCAUCCCCCCUCCUGAAUUUGGGCCCCCUCCCUAUGAGCCUCCACAGCCGGGGUUCGUGCCCCCCCACAUGCCCACCGACGGCUCCGGGCCCUACGUACCUCCUGCAGGUUACUACCCACCGCCAGGCCCUCACCCUCCCAUGGGCUACUACCCUCCUCCGGGCCACUAUCCAUCGCCUGGCGGCCACACGGCAACAGUGCUCGUCCCUUCGGGGGCUGCCACCACAGUGACCGUGCUGCAGGGAGAGAUCUUCCAGGGCGCCCCGGUGCAGACGGUGUGUCCCCACUGCCAGCAAGCCAUCACCACCAAAAUCUCCUACGAGAUCGGGCUCAUGAGCUUCCUUCUUGGCUUCUUCUGUUGCUUCGUGGGGUGUGAUCUCUGCUGCUGCCUCAUCCCCUGCCUGUUCGAUGACUUCAAGGACGUGACCCACACGUGUCCCAACUGCAAGGCCUACAUCUACACGUACAAGCGCAUGUGCUAACAGCACCCCGGGAGCCUGAGCCACUGGAAUGACACCGGCCCCUCUCCCACUGCCGUCCUAGUCUACGCGUGUGCAACACUCCUUCGCUUAACCCGCCGGUGGUGUGUAUGUGCAUAUCCCUGCCUCCCUCCUGCCCCGAGCUGUGACCACCUUCCCCGAGCUCCUUGCUGUGAAUGUUGGAUUGGGGACGCUGGUGUGGGUGCACGGGGGACAAGGGGGCUGCUGUGCACGGGGCUCCCUCUGGCAGCACGCACGAGUGGGAUAUGGUUCUGCACCCCAUAUGCUCCAGGGCACCAGCCCCUCUCGCCUGGAGCAAGCUGGGGCCAAGCAGCAGCUGACGGAGGCACCCACCCCUCAGCCACGGUGCCCCAGCCCGGAGCUGCUGCAGGCAGGGGGCACACGCUAACCGGGACAUGCAGGGGGAGCCCAACGGAGCGCACCUUUUAGGAACGGGCCUGGUGGAGGCUCGGCGCUGAGGAGACAGAGGGGUCGCUGUCAGGUUGAGGCAUGGCUUAAGGCCCUCUCCUGCCAGGUCAGUGUGCAGCCCACAGGCACCACUUCCCAAGGAGAAGCACGCAGAGCUGCCUCCGAGGUGUGUGUGUGUGGGGACCGGCUGGCUGCCUUGCCCUGGGGCUGCAGCACUGCACCCUUCGUCAGCCCACCUGUCCUGCCAGCCAUCCACAGCCGCUCCAGCUGCACGCGCCUCCUGCCAGCCCUGCUGUGGAUGCUCUGGGGAAGGAAAGCCCCCAGCUGCUCCUCACCCACCUGGCAAGCUGUUAGCAGAAGAGCAUCCAGCAUGUUGCUACCUGCCCCCAGCACUGUAGAGUAGGGGAGUUUGUUACCUGGCUCCCAGCUCUGGAGCAGACCCACAGCCCCACCCCGAGCCCUGCAGGGUCUGGGGGGCACCCCCGUGGCAUUCCUCGUUGCAUGUGGGUGUAGGGGUUUACUUUUAGCUCACUUCACAUGGGGCAGAAGGAUGGGGGCAAGCAGGCAGCAACACGAGCUGCCAGCAGCACUGUGACAGACAAUGGCAAGAGGCCCUGGGAGGCAUUUUCAGUCCCUCUGUGGCCACACCUCACACCCCUUCCCACAGCUCCUGCAGCAAGGGCAGCUGGAGCACACAGCCCCCCCAGGUAAGCGGGGGGGCAGGGAAGGCUUCUCAGUAAGCAGGUCUGCAAACACAGCCUGGCCUGCACAGGCAGCUGCUGUUUGCUCAGAGGUGGAACUGUGGCACUUGUCCCACUGUUUGGAUGUAAAUAAACAUCAGACCCUGAGAUCA